CCACCUGGAGCACCAGGGAAACGGGACAGCCGUGUUCUUCCAGUCCCCAAACCAAUUCCCCUGUGCCAUCACGGGGAACCGAGGCGUCUCCCUGCCCGCUGUCGCAGAGCGGGAGGGUGGGCUGAGGGAGCCCGUCGCUGACCCGGCAAAUGGGCGCUGCUUCGGCUCCAUCCCCAUCCGUAUCCCGAUCCAACCCCUCCGCCUCCCCUCACGCCGCCCCCUGCUCGUGCGGCAGCGCCCCCGUGCGGGCUGUUCGCGCCCUGUUGCCACCCUCGGUGACGUCACAUGCAGCCUCUCCUUCUGCCUUCUCGGAUUGGCCGGCGCUCCGCGCAGCCUUCCCGCCUCCAGCGCGCGAUUGGCGGGCCGGCCCGUGAUUGGCGGGCACAGGGCGCGGGGGGAGCAGAGGCCCGGGCCGGCUGUGUGGGGAGAAGCGGCCGCGGCGCGGACGCCGAGCGGGGCCGGCGCGGUUGUUUAUUGUCUACGCGCGGUGUCUCGGCGGCGGCGAGAGGAGGGGGAGGAGGCGACGGCGGGGGAACGGCACCGGGCACCGGGACGCAGGAUGAAUGCUUCAAAAAAGGAAGACUCAGAAAGCAUUAAUAAAAAUGACACUUCAAAGAAGAUGUCUGUUGAGAGAGUUUAUCAGAAAAAGACUCAGCUUGAGCACAUCCUCCUCCGUCCAGAUACCUACAUUGGGUCGGUUGAACCCUUAACUCAGUUAAUGUGGGUUUACGAUGAAGAUGUAGGAAUGAACUGCAGAGAAGUUACCUUUGUUCCAGGCUUGUACAAGAUAUUUGAUGAAAUUCUUGUAAAUGCUGCUGACAAUAAGCAGAGGGACAAGAAUAUGACUUGUAUUAAAAUAUCCAUUGAUCCGGAAUCGAACAUUAUCAGCAUAUGGAAUAAUGGAAAGGGGAUACCAGUUGUGGAACACAAAGUAGAAAAAGUAUAUGUACCUGCUUUAAUCUUUGGGCAGCUACUAACGUCCAGCAAUUAUGAUGAUGAUGAGAAAAAAGUUACAGGUGGACGCAAUGGCUAUGGUGCAAAACUUUGUAACAUAUUUAGUACAAAGUUUACAGUUGAAACUGCUUGCAAAGAGUACAAACACAGCUUUAAGCAGACUUGGAUGAACAACAUGAUGAAGACCUCUGAGCCCAAGAUUAAACAUUUCGAAGGUGAUGACUACACAUGCAUUACAUUCCAGCCAGAUCUGUCUAAAUUUAAAAUGGAAAAGCUUGAUAAGGAUAUUGUGGCCCUCAUGACAAGACGAGCGUACGAUUUGGCUGGGUCGUGCAAAGGAGUCAAAGUCAUGUUGAAUGGGAAGAAACUACCUGUAAAUGGAUUUCGCAGCUACGUAGAUCUUUACGUUAAGGACAAGCUGGAUGAAACCGGAGUAGCACUCAAAGUCAUCCACGAAGUGGUGAAUGAACGAUGGGAUGUGUGCCUCACUCUGAGUGAAAAAGGGUUCCAGCAGAUCAGCUUUGUAAAUAGUAUAGCUACCACAAAGGGUGGUAGGCAUGUUGAUUAUGUGGUGGAUCAGGUUGUGGGCAAACUGAUAGAAGUGGUGAAAAAGAAGAAUAAAGCUGGAGUCUCAGUCAAACCAUUUCAGGUGAAGAACCAUAUAUGGGUUUUUGUUAAUUGCUUGAUUGAAAACCCAUCAUUUGAUUCCCAGACAAAGGAAAACAUGACAUUGCAGCCUAAAAGCUUUGGGUCCAAGUGCCAGCUAUCUGAGAAAUUUUUUAAAGCAGCCUCUAACUGUGGUAUCAUAGAGAGUAUUUUGAAUUGGGUCAAAUUUAAGGCACAAACUCAACUGAACAAAAAAUGUUCAUCAGUGAAACACAGUAAAAUCAAGGGCAUUCCAAAACUGGAUGAUGCUAAUGAUGCUGGUGGCAAACAUUCCUUGGACUGCACGUUGAUAUUAACAGAAGGAGACUCAGCCAAAUCUUUAGCUGUCUCUGGCCUAGGUGUUAUUGGUAGAGACAGAUAUGGAGUCUUCCCACUCAGGGGCAAAAUUCUCAAUGUCCGAGAAGCUUCUCACAAACAGAUUAUGGAAAAUGCAGAAAUCAACAACAUCAUCAAAAUAGUUGGAUUACAAUACAAGAAAAGCUAUGAAGAUCCAGAAUCUCUGAAAAGUUUGAGAUAUGGAAAAAUCAUGAUCAUGACAGAUCAGGAUCAGGAUGGAUCUCACAUAAAGGGCUUGUUGAUCAAUUUUAUUCAUCACAAUUGGCCAUCACUGUUGAAACAUGGUUUUCUUGAGGAAUUCAUCACCCCUAUUGUGAAGGCAAGCAAAAAUAAGCAAGAACUUUCAUUCUAUAGUAUUCCUGAAUUUGAUGAGUGGAAAAAGCAUAUGGAAAAUCAUAAAGCAUGGAAGAUAAAAUACUACAAAGGAUUGGGUACCAGCACUGCUAAAGAAGCAAAAGAAUAUUUUGCUGACAUGGAAAGACAUCGGAUCUUGUUUCGGUAUGCUGGGCCUGAGGAUGAUGCUGCCAUUACACUGGCCUUCAGUAAGAAGAAGAUUGAUGACCGAAAAGAAUGGUUAACAAAUUUCAUGGAAGACAGGCGACAGCGUCGACUACAUGGCCUUCCUGAGCAAUUUUUAUAUGGUACAGCAACAAAACAUUUGACUUACAAUGAUUUCAUUAACAAGGAGUUGAUCCUUUUCUCAAAUUCAGACAAUGAGAGAUCUAUCCCUUCCCUUGUUGAUGGUCUGAAACCAGGGCAACGCAAGGUUCUGUUCACUUGCUUUAAGAGAAAUGAUAAACGUGAAGUAAAGGUUGCUCAGCUGGCUGGUUCUGUGGCUGAAAUGUCAGCUUAUCACCAUGGGGAGCAAGCAUUAAUGAUGACUAUUGUCAACUUGGCUCAGAACUUUGUUGGAAGUAACAAUGUGAAUCUGCUACAACCUAUUGGUCAGUUUGGCACCAGGCUUCAUGGUGGAAAGGAUGCUGCCAGCCCUCGCUAUAUUUUCACCAUGUUAAGCCCUUUAGCAAGGCUACUUUUUCCAUCAAUGGAUGACAACUUGCUUAAGUUCCUGUAUGAUGACAACCAGCGCGUAGAACCUGAAUGGUACAUUCCCAUCAUUCCCAUGGUCUUAGUAAAUGGAGCUGAAGGAAUUGGUACUGGCUGGGCAUGCAAACUUCCAAACUAUGAUACCAGAGAGAUUGUAAACAAUGUCAGACGAAUGCUGGAUGGCCUAGAUCCCCACCCAAUGCUUCCAAACUACAAAAAUUUCAAAGGAACCAUUCAGGAACUUGGUCAAAAUCAGUAUGUAGUGAGUGGUGAAAUAUUUGUGGUGGACAGGAACACAGUAGAAAUUACAGAGCUUCCUGUAAGGACAUGGACCCAGGUGUACAAAGAGCAGGUUCUAGAACCUAUGUUGAACGGGACUGAAAAAACUCCAGCAUUAAUUUCUGACUAUAAGGAAUACCACACUGAUACAACUGUGAAAUUUGUUGUGAAGAUGACAGAAGAAAAGCUUGCACAGGCAGAAGCUGCCGGAUUGCACAAAGUCUUUAAGCUUCAAACAAGUCUUACUUGUAAUUCUAUGGUGCUGUUUGAUCACAUGGGGUGCUUGAAGAAGUACGAAACCGUGCAGGACAUCUUGAAGGAGUUUUUUGAUCUCCGGUUGCAUUAUUACAGCCUGCGCAAGGAGUGGCUGGUGGGAAUGCUGGGUGCAGAGUCCACCAAGCUGAACAACCAAGCUCGUUUCAUCCUGGAGAAGAUACAAGGAAAAAUUAGCAUUGAGAACAGAUCAAAAAGAGAUUUGAUUCAGAUGUUGGUCCAGAGAGGUUAUGAAUCUAAUCCAGUGAGAGCCUGGAAAGAAGCACAGGAGAAGGCAGCAGAAGAGGAAGACUCUCAGAAUGCAAAUGAUGAUGCUUCCUCUUCUUCUGGUGCAACCUCUGGCCCUGACUUCAACUACAUUUUGAACAUGUCCCUGUGGUCACUCACAAAAGAGAAGGUGGAAGAGUUGAUUAAGGAGAGAGAUUCCAAGGAGAGAGAACUAAAUGAUCUUAAAAGGAAAUCUCCUUCAGACCUCUGGAAAGAAGAUCUAGCAGCCUUUGUUGAAGAGCUUGAAAAAGUAGAAGCACAGGAAAGAGAAGAUAUUCUGACUGGCAUGGUUGGCAAACCAAUAAAAGGCAAAGUUGGUAAACCCAAGGUGAAGAAACUCCAGCUGGAAGAGACCAUGCCAUCACCAUUUGGCAGAAGAAUAGUUCCACAGAUUACAUCUGCCAUGAAAGCUGAUGCCAGCAGGAAAUUGCUGAAAAAGAAAAAGGGUGAAACUGAUUCUCUAGCAAUAAAAAUGGAAUUUGAUGAAGAGUUUGGUAGUGUGCCAGCUGAGGGUGGUGGGGAUGACUCACUGAAUGCAUCAGCUGCAGCAGCUAAAACCCCUAAACCCAAGAGAGAGAAGAAGGAGCCUGGUGCCAGGGUAAGAAGGACACCAUCAUCUACAAAAUCCAGUGCAAAAAAAGUGAAGAAACGAAACCCAUGGUCAGAUGAUGAAUCCAAGUCUGAAAGUGAUUUAGAAGAAAAUGAGCCUGUGAUUAUUCCAAGAGACUCUCUGCUUAGGAGAGCUGCAGCUGAGAGGCCCAAGUACACUUUUGACUUCUCAGAAGAAGAAGAUGACGCUGACGAUGAUGAUGAUGCCAACAAUAACAAUGAUUUGGAUGAGCUCAAAGUAAAAGCCUCUCCAGUUGCAAAUGACAGAGAGGAUGAGUUUGUUCCCUCGGACAGUUUAGAAAAAGAUGAGUACGACUUCUCCCCAGCCAAAUCAAAGCCAUCUCCAGAUAGAAAAACAUCUCAAGCCAAGAAGAAUCAAGAUUUUGGGAACAUCUUCUCUUUUCCAUCUUACUCUCAGAAGACAGAUGAUGAUACAACAAAAUUGGACAGUGAUGAUGAGGAUUCUGCUCCUGUUUUCUCAUCAUCUUUUGCCCCAAAACAGACAGAGAAAAUUCCAAGUAAAACAGUAGCUGCUAAAAAGGCGAAACUAGAUGCGCCCCCUAAGCCUAAAAGAGCUCCAAAAGCCAAGAAGGUGGAAACUGUGAACUCUGAUUCAGAUUCAGAAUUCGGCAUUCCAAAGAAGACGGCAGCACCCAAAGGAAAAGGCAGAGGGGCAAAGAAAAGGAAAGCAUCUGGUUCAGAAAAUGAAGGUGAAUAUAACCCUGGGAAGAAAACACCCAAGUCCACACCAAGCAAGAAAUCCAAGAAAGCAGCUUUUGACCAGGAUUCUGAUGUGGAAAUCUUCCAGUCAGGCUUUGCCUCCGAAACUGCCCCAAAGCCGCGGACAGGCCGGGCUAGAAAAGAAGUGAAAUAUUUUGCAGAGUCUGAUGAAGAUGAUGAUUUUGAUAUGUUUAAUUAAGUGCCCAAAGAGCACAAAAAUGUUUUCCAACAAGUAUCUUGUGUUGUCCUUUUGUCCCCUCUGUCGCAAACUUUUGUACAUUUGACUUAUUUUAUGUGAUAAUGUAAUUGAUGGUUUUUAUUAUUGUGUGUAGGCAUUUUAACAUUUUGUUCUUACACCUACAGUUUUAUGCUCUUUUUUACUCAUUGAAAUGUCAUGUAUUUGUCUGGCUUGUAGAGAUGUUCUAGACAGCUGUGCUAAAGCACAUUUUAAUUGUCAUGGUUGCAAACAGCAAACCUGCUUUUUGAAAUGAAGUUUAAACAUUAAAAAAUGGAAAACUACCA